AAUGACAGCUGUUUGUUUAAAGUUUAAAGCAGAUUAGGAAAAGAAUUUGUUCGAUAUAACUCUCAUGCUUCAUUUUUUCAAACGAAUCGCAUUUGUGAGCUUUGUUUUGUUUCUAAACUUGUUGUAUACAAUUGUGAUCGAUGUUUUUGUUCUUCUACUGAAGAUGGUUAAUGAAACAGAAUCUGGGAAAACUGAUGCGGAUAUUGAAAAUAUUCUUAAUUUUGGGAACUUAUCCUUAAAAUCCGUAGCCGAGAGUCUAUUAUGCAAAAACGUAAUUGGCAGAGGACACACACGAUUGACAGUGUGUUCAACCGAUCUAACCGAUUGUCUCGCGGUUGAUUGUGAAUUUGUCGGUGUGGGACCGCACGGUAAGGAACAUAUGAUUGCCCGAGUUUCCAUUGUGAAUAUGGGAGGGGAUGUUAUACUCGACACCUACGUCAAACCACAAAAAACUGUCAUAGACUACAGAACAAACAUAAGUGGUAUCAGGCCAGAGCUGAUUGAAUCCGGAGAGAGUUAUUCCACAGUCCGUGAAACGGUCAGGUUGAUGUUACGCGGUCGAAUUCUUGUCGGACACGGGUUGAAGAAUGACCUGCUAGUGCUGAAUCUACGCCAUCCACGACACCUUAUCCGUGACACUUCCCGAUAUCACCCGAUAGCACGUAAAAUUCGUGCUCUAGGAACACCUAGUUUGAAAAAUUUAUCAAAAUUAAUUCUGGGUGAGGAAAUUCAAAACGGUAUCCAUGAUUCGGUGCAAGAUGCCAGAGCUGCAAUGAAAAUUUACCUUAUUUUCAAAGAGGAAUGGGAAAAAUCAAUGCGAAAAUCCGGAUACAGAAAGCGAUGACAGAAAGUGUGGCCCAGUUGUGAUUGCACUCUACCUUUUAGUUAGAGGAAUUAAUGUUUUGUAAAAUAAUUGUAUCUCGUUAAUUGUGAUAUAAAUUUUUAAAUUCAUCUGUACAUAAAAAUAAAUGUUUUGA